UGCUGUCAGUUUGACUAUGCGUCUGUUCGGCCGGUGGUAAAAACACAACUUUCCACUAAAAUUUUGAUUGAUUCAAAGCUGACGUUAGAACUGGUUCAACAUUUCAACGAUAGACUAAAAGAUUGACUAAAGUACAAAUCGAGAACCAAUUGAAAAAAAAAUCUAUUGAAAUGGCUUUGAGCGUGAGUCGUAAGCGAACCCGUUCGGAAACCGAAUUUGAUCAUAUGGUUCAAUCGAAACAGUUUAUCAACGAGCAAACAGUUAACAUGAAUAAUCAAACGAAAAUGAAAGAAAUUCAUGAUAAAACCAUCCGGAUGUUAUUCCAAAAUGCGAAUCCAAAAUCAAUUGAAAAGGCAAACAAUAACAACAAUGAAAUUGAAAUGACCCCAGUUCAGCAGCCAAUGUCAAAGUGGCAACAAUUCGGUGAUAAUAUUUGCCUUAUGGGCGAUGGUCAAAUCAACUACAUCGAUGCAAGCUCAAAGUAUGCCGCCGAAACGGUGUCACGUCGAUGUCGCUUUUGCGCCAAACCAUCGGCUAUUCAAGCCACCGAUUGCAUCAAUUGUAACUUGGAAAUUUGCGAAUUUUGUGGUAUUUCGUGCAUCCAGUGCAAUGCACCGCUCUGCAUGAGCUGCGUUCAACUAUUCGGAUGCUGCGAUAAUUCGGUCGACAUGAAUGCGUGCUGCGAACGUUGCAAACAAAUCUACAGCAUUCAAUAACAACGCAAAGCGACUCAAUGAUAAAAAAAAGUGCAAUCAAACCACAAUACACCUCGUACUGAAUACUCUGUUACUAUUGAUCUGGCGGUCUCACACUUUUUUCUUGCCAAGAUGGUGUUAUCAAAAUUGACAUGGGCGUUCAUUCGAUGCUAACAGAGUGAAAAAUAAUAAUAACAACAACAACAACUCUAUAUUAAAAAAAACUCUACUUUUGUACCUCAAAAUCCAUAAAUCGAUCCAAUGUGAUUAUUAUGCGUGUUUUAUGUCAGUUUAAUCAAUAUGUAAUUUGUAUUUUAAGGGAAAAAAAAUGUAUAUUUGGUAAAUUUAGUAAGGAUAAUUUGACUCAAGAGAUAAUGCUUAGAAAGGGAAAAUAUUUUUUAGAGAAACAAUAAAAUUGUAAAAUAAAAGAGAUUUGGAGAGAAAAUUGUAGAACAAAAUAAAAGAACACAAUGUUCAAAAGUCAAUGGCCAAAUAAAUGAUACUUUCGAAUAUUUCA